GAAUUUCCAGGACCGUUUGAUACUGUGCAGAGGAUGACCCGUAGGUGUUCAAAGCGUUGGUGAGAUUCGUGGAGAUCUGCAAUGGCUGUCAGGGCGGGGCGCUUAGACGAGAAGUUGGCUACGACAUCAGGUUCUCGUACCUGGACGAGGGCCUCGUUGUAGUCGAUUUGAGGUUCACUUGCAAAUUCGGCUUCCAUAACGCUUUCCAAACAGAAGAUAUAGAAAGUAAAACAGUAGGGGAGAACCAGUGGGGAAGGAAGUCUGGGCCGGAGUCAAAAUGCGGAACUGAGACUGAGCUGAUAACUUUAUACCCACCAUGACUGAUAACAGCCCGAACUUUUUUUUAUCGUCUCUCAACCUUUCUCCUCGUUCCAGCUCCCUAUAACGCGCCACGUUUUGAACAAAAUAGGGCUGCAUUUUCAACUUCGUCAUGGCGGACCUAGAUGAAGCUGCAAUCAACAAUCCUUCCACUGGAGGAGGUCAUGCUGAUAUCGAUCUAUCGGAUGAGACUCAGGACUUCCGCAUGCUCAACAACCUCUCCUUCCUGACAGACGCGGCAGAUGCCUCCAUCCCCAAGCGAGGCGAGAAGGACUUCGAGCCAAACCCAACCCUCUUUCAGGCCGACAUUCUCUCCGCCUCGCGACAGGCGAUGCACAAUGCCCUCGCAUACCCACGAUUACACAACCCGAAGAAUGAAGUCAUUGGAAUUUACGCGCCAAAUGGACCUGCACCACCUGCAUCUCCUAAAACCUUAGACUCCAUCACCGAAGACCCUCCGGCUGAGGGAUCUGCUCCCGUGUCAGUUGGCGCGAACGUACACCCGGAGUCAUGCGUCUAUGUUGCGAUUCCGAAAGGGCAAUACUUCAAAACACUUGGACAAGCAGAUCGUUGGGGGCGGAUAUGGCUUCUCCCCGAAGAGGCGCUGUAUCUGCUUGAAAGAGGCACCCUGGAUAUAAAAUGGCCCCGCUGUGCUGUCGGGGACGGUGACGAAGAUGAUAUUGAGGACUCCGGGAUACCGAUGAGCUUACAGGCUGCGUAUGCAUGCCUAGUCGGCCGUGGUGGGCUAACAAUGGAGAGGUUCUCUGUUUUUACGGGUCUUCGACGCUUGGGCUAUUCUGUGUUUCGAGCACCUGCAUGGUCCGAAAAUGAUGAUGAAGACAAAAUAUCAAGCGAUGUCACAGGGCCAACCAAACCACAAGGACCAGGUUUAGUCGGGAUUUUCACAAAUUUUCUGAAAUGGCUUCGUGAUACUGCCCCGACAACGGCAGCAGGCCCUGUUGCUGGCCUCGGUUUCCAUCGCAGCUACGAUGAUAUCUAUCGAAAAAUCUCAAUCAUACCUUUUUACGAUCCUGUCACGCCCCCCUCUCCCUCUCCACGCGCAGAGUUGCCGUAUGCCGUCGUGUGGCAUGUUUACAAACCAUCGCCUAGUUUCCGCAAGUCUGCUCGUCCCGAUCCUGAUUUCAAGAUCGCGGUCGUCAAUGCUCGAACACAUACCACCGUCCCUACUCUUUCUCAAAUUGGCAAUCUACUAGAGAGCACACCUCUGGACCCUCCCCGGUCAGAUAGGCAACUUUAUGUGAGGAUACGCAAUGGGUAUCGAAACGUCAUCCUAGCUGUGGUCGAUCAGGGUAUCGUGAGUUAUCUCCGGAUCGCAGAUGCAGCCUUUGGCAAGGAAAGGAUAUACGAGGCGCGACCUUCCGGUGGUAACAAGCUGCGUGGCCCGCCCCGACACAAAUUUAAGAAACGAUGAUUAUUUGCAACGCGCAUGAACUACUGAAUCAUAUAAAGUCUGCAUACGUCUGCCAGAAUGGCAACUACCAGGCGCAGUUUGUCUCCCCUUGAAUGAGGCCCUUAAUCCGUUGAGAAGAGGAUAAAAGCCGAAAGAGGGGGAUACCUCUUGAUCUGCCAUCAUCAUUAGAGCCUCCAGCCACAGAAUAGGCUGGACGCAGAUGCUAGAUGGCUAAGCUCAGGUCUAGAAGUCCCGUAGCUUCGGAAGCUUGAUAUGCGACUAUCGAAGAGGAUACCAGCAGGCAUAGGCAUUACGACGGGCGAGACUGAGAAGAUGUGUCGAGUUAAUAACAAAAUGUGUAUAUACCCAUAUUCCUGGAACGCCAAUCGUAUAACACGGUUCGCUUUAUAAAUCAAGCCGAUAAAACUCCUGCCAU